AACCGGGGAGGCGGAGCUUGAGAGUCACGUGAUGCGCUAUUCCUCUGGGAAUUGGUGAUGGAGCAAAAGAUGGACUGCGCGUCACGAGAUAAAAAAACAACUCAGAUGUAAAUCAACAUCUCACAUUAUUGCGUGUCUGGUAGCUAAAGUCUGUGAAAAAUACAAUUAAAACUAAAGAUGUGAUUUAAGUCAUACAUGUGAUUAUCUUACAAGAAUCAAAUGAGGAAGAAACCAUAAAACAUCAAAUGAGGCAGAGACCACUCCUGCUUUUGUAAACCGCUGUGUUCACACAUGACGUGAGGAAUCAGCCCGCAGCAUCUGCAGCCCUCAUAGGUGCCUCCUCCUCCUCCUCCUCCUCAUCAUCAUCCCGGUGAGGGAGGAGACAGGAGCUGAUCCUCACUCUCUCUUCCUCCGGCUCGGCUCGGCUCCACGCGGCACAGAUGAGCGCUGCGGCGUCGCUCCCCGGGACUGAGACAUGCUCGGCUUCGCGUUAGUCGCUGGCUCUGUCUGGGUUGUGCUAGAGCUCAGCUCCACGCUUGUGGAGAAGAUGCAGUCUCGGGAUCUGCUGCUGGGUCUUCAGCUGCCUGAGCUGGAUGAUCUGGGUCAGUUCCUCCGCUCUCUGCCCACCUCGGCUCUGCUGGGUCUGGGUGCUCUGACCGCUGUGCUGGCCUACUGGAUCUCCACUCGGCCGCGGCCCAUCACGCCGCCCUGCGACCUCCGGCUGCAGUCACAGGAAGUGCAGAUGGAGGACGGCGCUCGAAGGUCCAUGAUGGGCGACAGCUCCACGCUGCUCUCGUAUUAUCACGAGGACGCCAAGACCAUGUACGAGGUGUUCCAGCGCGGCCUGCACAUCACCGGUGACGGGCCGUUUUUAGGCUCCAGACUCCCCAAUCAGCCCUACACCUGGCUGUCCUACAGAGAGGUGUUGAGCCGCGCCGAGCUCCUGGGCUCCGGUCUGCUGUCUCAGGGAUGUCAGCCCAGUCCAGAUCAGUUCAUCGGGGUGUUUGCACAGAACCGGCCUGAGUGGAUCAUCUCUGAGCUGGCGUGCUACACGUACUCGAUGGUUGUGGUGCCGCUGUACGACACGCUCGGACCCGACGCCAUCCGCUACAUCAUCAACAGAGCUGAGAUCUCCACAGUGAUCUGUGAUAAAGCGGAGAAAGCCGCGGUGCUCCUGGAGAAUGUUCAGAGAGGAGAGACGCCGGGCCUGAAGACCAUCGUCCUCAUGGAUGUGUUUGACGCUCCGCUGCUGGAGGAGGCUCAGAAGAGCGGCGUGCUCGUGCGGUCGCUCCGAGACGUGGAGGCUCUGGGUCGAGAGAACUACAGGAAACCUGUGCCACCUGGACCAGAUGACCUGUCCAUCGUGUGCUUCACCAGCGGAACCACAGGAAACCCGAAGGGAGUGAUGCUGACCCACGGGAACAUCAUCGCAGACUUCGGCGGCUUCUUGAAAGUGACCGAUAAGGUGAUCUUUCCAAACCAAGACGAUGUUCUCAUUUCCUUCCUGCCUCUUGCUCACAUGUUCGAGAGGCUGAUUGAGGCAGUGGUCAUCUGCCACGGCGGGAGGAUUGGCUUUUUCCAAGGUGAUAUCCGUCUGCUUUCGGACGACAUGAAGGCUCUCCGGCCCACCAUAUUUCCAGUGGUGCCGCGGCUCCUGAACCGCAUGUAUGACAAGAUCUUCAGUCAGGCCAACACCUCUCUGAAGCGCUGGCUGCUGAACUUCGCUGCGAAGAGGAAAGGGCUGGAGGUGAAGCGCGGCGUGAUCCGCUGCGACAGCGUCUGGGACAAGAUCUUCUUCCACAAGAUCCAGGCCAGUCUGGGCGGCAGGUUACGGAUGAUCAUCACCGGAGCGGCUCCUGCGUCUCCGACCGUGCUGGACUUCUUGCGAGCGGCGCUGGGCUGUCAGGUGUACGAGGCGUACGGUCAGACGGAGUGCACCGCCGGAUGCACCUACACCACUCCUGGAGACUGGACGGCCGGUCAUGUAGGCGCUCCGCUGCCCUGUAAUCUCAUUAAACUGCUGGAUGUGGCUGAGAAGAACUACUUUGCUGCUAAAGGAGAGGGAGAGAUCUGUGUGAAAGGCCCAAACGUCUUCAAGGGUUAUCUGAAGGAUCCCGUGAGGACGGCUGAGACGCUGGAUGCAGACGGAUGGCUUCACACGGGAGACAUUGGCAAGUGGCUGUCGAACGGCACGCUGAAGAUCAUCGACAGGAAGAAGCACAUCUUCAAGUUAGCUCAAGGAGAAUAUAUUUCCCCGGAGAAGAUCGAGAGCAUCUACAUCCGCAGCGAGCCCGUGUCUCAGCUCUAUGUGCACGGAGACAGCCUGCAGUCCUGUCUGGUGGGAAUCAUCGUCCCGGAUCCGGAGGUCUUACCCUCGUGGGCUCAGAAGAAAGGCUUCGAGGGAUGCUAUGAUGAGCUGUGUGGAAAUAAAGAACUGAAGAAAGCCAUUCUGGAUGACAUGGUGCGCUUGGGAAAAGCCAGUGGCCUCCAUUCAUUCGAACAGGUUAAAGACAUCCACAUCCAUAAAGAAAUGUUCUCCAUACAAAACGGAUUGCUGACCCCCACUUUAAAAUCCAAGAGACCGGAGCUGAAGGAGUAUUUCAGCAGGGCAAUCGAGCAGCUGUACAGCAACAUCUCCAUGUGAUCGCUCGUCUCCAGCAGAUGAGGACAGCCCAUCAUUCCUUCACUAUUUGUUCUUCUUCGUUGAAAACUAGCUGGCACUAAACGCUCCGAACGAGCCACGGGCGCCGAGACCGAGCAUGAGCUUUACUCGAUGAAAGAAUAUUAAACGAGUAAUUCCCCCUUUGGCUGUGAAUGUCAACAGUUGGUGUGCCUUUAGAAACGUGGCAGAGCUACAACCAAAUCGAGUCGUCCUCCAAAAGCGGACGCGGUUCCAGCUAGCAUGCAUGCUUCAUUCGUUCUCCAGCGGGCCGAGGAGGGCAAAGGUCACCCGUGUCCAUUCACCUUUCCUUUUAAGGGUCCGAAGGGAAUUGGAUUUCCAGCUAAAAGCCAUGCAUGCUGUGUGCCGGUCUCCCAGCAUUGACAUUCCCAGGCCCUUUAAGACAUUUUGCAUACAAACCUCCUGCACAAUAAUCACCAUAGGAUGCUUGUCUAUGUAGUAAAGCUCUACAAAUGUGUCUCGCUCGAUCAAAGCGAGCACGUCGUACAGUCUUGGGCCGACUCUACGGAUCAUCUAGCUUUUCAGUUCCUUUCCAUCCCAAAGUAUUUCAAUAGUAGUGUAAAUGUUGAAGAAAACUAGAUGUGAAACUAUUUAAGCAAUGGUUUGAAGUGUAGAGAAACCAAUAAGAUUUGAAUGAUAUCAGAACUUUAUCUUUGUAUUUCACGAGGGGAUAUGAAUGGGGACGAAUCUGCAGAGAUGUUCGUUUAUUCUCGCUUUCGUUUUCUGGCAUUAAAACAUGAUGCAUUUCACAUCCCCCUUUUGCAGGCCUUUUCAGUCCGUCUGUUCGGCCUAUAUUAGGUUCUUGUCUGUUUGCUAGAAUGUUAUUGACUUAUUAGCUAAUUUAAUGAUCAGGGUUAUUCCAUUAUUCAUUUAUUUAUUAUUAUUAGAAGUUAUCUUCCAUUUGGAUGCCACUAAGCUCUUUACAAGUGUACAUUCCUCUAAUUCCAGUGCUCCUAAUUUAGCGGUCCGUAAAACAGCAAACACCAGACUGAAGACCAAAGCCCACUGUCUGUCGUUACGACGUCUUCAGAGUCUCUCAGUCAACAGCUAUUAGUCAGUCUGAACAUGUGAGCCUUACACAUUCUGUAUCGCGUUGAAAUUUGGAGAGAGAAAAAAGAAAAGAGAUUUCCCCACGGUUUUGUCCAGCUGUUGUUUGUGUUUUGGUUAUUGAAACAGCUCACUUGCAUCUUUUCCUGAUAAUGAAGUCUUUUAUGCGCAUGUACAUCUCUGCAUAUACACAAAAAUAGUGAUGAGUGUGUGCAAAACAUGUCAAAAUAAAAAACAAUUCUUUGUAAAUCUA